GAAUUAAUGACAUCUGUUGCGUGUUUUCAAUCUUCCCCCUCGGUUCCGUCCGACCGAAAACGGAAUCAGUCUACGACGCACUGCCAUCGCCCGCGGACAUGGACAUGGUCAUCACAUACGUUCUCGCAGCAAUUGCGCUGCUGCUUCUGAUACUGCUGGCACUCCUCUAUCGAUUUCUGGCGCGUAAAAAUGAUUACUUUCGCAACAAACCGAUCCCGUCGCUUCCGGGCCCACUGCUGCUGGGUGCAACCAAACCGAUGAUGCUGUCUCGAGUGUCCUUCACCGAGUACGUUAAAAGCACCUACGAUAGCUUCCCGGACGCCAAGGUGUUUGGCCUGAUGAAUACCGUCCUGCCGUUGUACGUGCUGCGUGAUCCCGAGCUGAUCAGGAAGAUCGCCGUCGAUGAUUUCGAUCACUUCACCGAUCAUCGGCCGCUCAUUGGUGCAGAUCAUGGCGAUCACCCAAACCUGAUCGCGGUCAAAACGUUGUAUGCCCUGAACGGGCAGAAGUGGAAAACUAUGCGAUCGAUGGUUGAUCCGGCCUUUGCCGAACUGAACGUAAAGGGCAUGUUCGAGCUGAUCGUCGAGUGCUGUGAAGCGUUGGUGACGUACUACCGGGAGCAAGGCGCCAAGGAGUGGGAUGUGAGGGACGUGUUUGAGCGACUUUCGAGUGAUGUGAUCGCGACGUGUGCGUUCGGGAUCAAGUUUAAUUCGUCGAGCGAUCGCGACAACGAAUUCUAUCGCAAUGUGAAAAAGAUGAUGGUUUUUGGGAAUUUCAAAACGCAGUUGAAGAUCGCCGCCUAUUGGUUUACGCCGUGGUUCAUGAACCGUUUCGGGAUCGACUUGAUCAGUCAGGAGAGUAGCGAUUACUUUUCGGGGUUGAUCAAGGAAGCGGUCCGAACAAGAGAAGCAAGCGAUGUCAUUCGUCCGGAUAUGGUACACCAGUUGAUGCAGCUUCGGAAAGGUGGGAUGGUAACGAACCAGCAGGAAGAUGAUCAGCAACAGGAAGUCUCCGAAGUGACACCAUCGCUGCCCAAAGUUACCAUUACCGAGAGUGAAAUGAUCGGACAGUGUUGGACCUUCUUCUUCGCUGGAUUCGAUACGGUUUCGUCGACUCUGACCUUCCUGGCGUACGAACUAGCGUUGAACCCGGACGUUCAGGAAAAACUCUCCGCGGAAAUUGCAGACAUUCAUCAGUCGCUGAAAGGACGAUCGAUUACAUUCGAGGCUUUGAACACCAUGAAAUACCUGGACAUGGUCCUAUCGGAGACGCUUCGUAUGUGGCCCUCGAGUCCAGCCGUGGAUCGACUGUGCGUUCAGGAGUACACGCUGGACGACGGACAGGGUUUGCAGUGUCUCUUGGAAAAAGGCACAGGCGUUUGGAUACCGAUCCACGGCAUUCACCGCGAUCCCCAGUACUAUCCAGAACCGAACAAAUUCGACCCGGAGCGGUUCAGCGAGCAGCGUAAGGGUGAGAUAAAACCAUACACCUAUCUGCCGUUCGGGAUUGGACCCAGGAAUUGCAUUGGGAUGCGGUUUGCGAUGAUGGAGCUGAAGUGUAUGGUGUACUACUUGGUGUUGAACUUCCGGCUGGAGAGGACCGAGAAAACUGAAGUGCCGCCGGUCUUCGAGAAAGGAUAUGCCACGUUGGGUGCAGCGAAUGGUCUGGUGUUGAAGGUGGUGCCGAAAAAACCGAGACUAAAAAUAAACAACCAUCAUCAUCCAAUCGUCGACCGUGACCGCCAUGCCAAAAAUUUUGAUCCAAUUGGCCAGUCUGUGUUUCCAGCGCGUGCACACAUACCCUCUCGCAUUAGCUUCUCCGCACCGAAUUUGGCCCUGACUGUAGUCAGACCGGUAUCCAAAUCAGUCGCCAUUUAUCGGACAACCGAGAUGGAAGUGAAUUUACUACUUCUGGGCACGGUGCUGGCCGUGCUCGUUUAUCUGUACCGUUUGAUAACGCAGAACAACGGCUACUUUCACGAUAAGCCGAUCCCCUGGCUGCGGGCUUGGCCCCUGCUGGGUACGACCGCCCCACUACUGUUGAAGCAGGUUACGUUCGCCGAUUUUGUGUCGUACGUUUAUAACAAGUUUCCAGGGGUUAAGAUCCUCGGGAUGUUCGACACAACGACGCCAUUCUUCGUGAUCCGCGAUCCGGAGUUGAUCAAGCAGAUCGCCGUCAAGGACUUUGACCACUUCAUGGAUCAUCGACCGUUCUUUGGCGAACCAGAAGACACCGAGGACCAUCCCCACGCCCUGUUCAAGCGAGUUCUGUUCACCCUGUCCGGUCAGCGAUGGCGUAACAUGCGGGCCACUCUGAGUCCGGCCUUUACCGGGCGGAAGAUGCGGCUGAUGUUCACGCUGAUGGUGGACUGCGGCGAGCGGAUGCUGAAGCACUACGAAGCGUUGAUGGGUGGCACGGGGGGACGGAUGGAAGUGGAGAUCAAGGACAUGUUGAGCCGGUACGGGAUCAACGUGAUCGCGUCGUGCGCGUUCGGGAUCGAAGUGGAUUGCUUUCGGGACGUUGAUCACGAAUUCAUGUACCACGGAAAGAGGAUGAUGCAGAUGGGCAGUCCGCUGGUGAUAGCGAAGAUGCUGUUCAUGAGAAUGUUCCCAACAUUUGCGAAGAACUUCGGGUUGGAUAUUAUGCCGCGGGAGCAAGCGGUGUAUUUCACCAAGUUGAUCAAGGAGACGAUCCGAGCCCGGGAAAGUCAGGGUAUUGUUCGUCACGAUAUGAUCGAUCUGCUGUUGGAAGCUCGGAAGGGAACGUUGAGGUACGAGGAAGAACGAGAGGAAGCCCAGGAAGGGUUCGCCACUGUUCAGGAAUCGGUGGUCGGGAAGGCGAAAGUAACGAAGGUCAUAUCGGAAACUGACAUGGUCGCGCAGUGUCUGAUCUUCUUCAUCGCUGGAUUUGAAUCCGUAUCGACAACGUCCAUGUUCAUGAUUCACGAGUUGAUUCUGAACCCGGACAUUCAGCAGAAGUUGUAUGAAGAAGUUCAACAGACCCAUAAGCAACUUGAAGGUCAGCUUCUGACAUACGACGCGCUCCAGGGAAUGAAGUACAUGGACAUGGUCGUGUCGGAAACCAUGCGGAAGUGGCCGCUGUCUCCGAUUGGCGAUCGGUUGUGCGUAAAGGACUACAACCUAGACGACGGUCAAGGCCUUCGGUUCACCAUCGACAAAGGCACUUGCGUGUGGUUCCCGAUUCAUGGUAUUCAUCAUGAUCCGCAGUACUACCCGAAUCCGGACCGGUUCGACCCGGAGCGGUUCAGUGAUCAGAACAAAGGCAACAUCAAGGUGGGAACGUAUCUGCCGUUCGGUAUCGGUCCAAGGAACUGCAUUGGAUCGCGUUUUGCGCUCAUGGAACUGAAGGCCGUCAUGUACCACAUGCUGCGUAGAUUUUCGUUUCAUCGAAGUGCCAGGACGCAAAUUCCGUUGAAGCUGCGCAAGGGUAUGAACAACGUGGGAACCGAUGAAGGAUUGUACGUGGAACUGCGGCUGAGGAAUGCUUGAGGGCUUGAGACUGAGCUUGUAGACGGAGUGUAAACCACAAUGAGUUAAUUUGGAUUAAUAAAAGUUCAGGUUUGAGUAAAA